GACAAUUAGUGCUAAGUUAUCAUUGAAUAACACGACAUAUUGGGUCUGCUGGCCAUAGCUAGCAAGGGGUCAAUCAUCAAUCAUCAACGGUCUGGGGGCAAACUAACAUCUCCCUGAUUAACCUGUGAAUUCAGGGUUACCGGCCGUCGGGGCCGAAAUCKCCGGCAUAGCUGUAAAUGCUUUACGCUGCCAUACUGCUCCUUAGCACUACGCCUAAGUUUGGAUAAUAAUCAAAAAAGCUGGAGUCAGUACUUAGCACAUAAAAUUUUAAACAGCUUAACCAUAUGUUGAACUACGACCUCCCAUAUACAAUAUCAUAGAAAAUCACUUUAUAAUAUUAARCAAGUGUCGAAAAAUAACGAAAAGAGAAGAGGAGAGAAAGGAGAAUAUUUACCAGUCCCAUCCCCCUCCCCGCUUGGGAUUAUUAGACUUCAAAACUCCAAGGGGACUGAGCCCUAGCUUUCCAAAACAAAAUGGCGGACAACGAAGCACAUUUGCUGGAGAAAGAACAAAGUUUAGACUUUCUUUCUGCAAGCUUUGAUCCUCUUAAAGCUCUAUACACAAAAGAUCUAAAACCUCCUAUACCUAGUAUACAGGUUUUUAACAACCUUGGUGAAUAUGCACGURUUAUUAAGGAGGGAAAACCCAAAGCUGUGGCGCCAAAAGAUCCAAGAAAAACAGCAAGCUUACGUCGUGCAUCGAGUAAGAGGACAAGGAACUUGAAGCCAGAAUACAAACCACCUGAUAUUAGUACAAGAUUAAAAGCAAUAGCAACCACUACGGUAGCUCAAGGAGAUUCGUUAUCUAGUGAGAAGCGAGUUAGUAUUUCUGGCCAAGAUGAAGAUGGUUUGUCAAAAGAGCAGGGRAAAAAUGCCUUGGGUUUUGGGAGAGGACAAAGCAGAAAGAAAAAAUAUAUGAAUGUGCUGGAGAAGAUGGACGCAUGUGCCACUGGGCCCCUAAGCAUACUUUACAAAUGUCUGUACGAGAGAUACAAGGUGCAAGUAUGGAUACGAAAGUACAAAGGAUUAAGGAGUGUCUUAACUGGAUAUGUUAUUGCCUUUGACAAGCAUAUGAACUUGGCUUUGAUGGAUGUUGAUGAAGUUUACACAACUGAAGAUUUCCACAGGAAUGAAUGCUGUUCAAAGGAGGGAGGGAAAACAAAGAAGAAAAAGAAGAAAAAGAAAAGAAAACAGAAAAGUCACUUAAAUCAGAUAAAAGAAAACCUUAUGGACACAGAUAAAAAAGAAAAUAUUUCUGUAGGAUAUAUUCCACCAUGUGAUAAAAUUACUGAAAAAUCUGUUCUUGAAUUGAAAGAAAAUUUUAUACCCCCUUCAAUUGAGAGUACUACAGCACAGGAUGUUGGAACAGAUUUGACACAGGUUGUUGACCUAAACAGACCAUUUAAAUCUUUAAAAUCAGAUAGCCGAAAAACAGUAUUUAAGAGCAGCGGCGAAGAAGGUACACAAUUUACGAUAAUGAAAGAUGAAGAAACAAGUUCCUCAUUGGUAACAACUAAGGAAAGUGAAAAGACAGAAAUGCUUUCUGCAGACCAGCUUGCUGUCCUGAGCAGGCAGUGGGCUGAUCAACAAAGACAGGAGAGUAAAAACGCUCUUGAUUCUCAACAACAAAUCAAUGACCUAACAGAGUCAUCAAUGGAUAUAGGUUCUGAGCAAACUGGCUAUUUAUUUUCCCAUGAUUUAAAAGUGAGAGUACCUGCACAAGAAGACAUGGAGUCACAAGAUAUGGAAUUCACUGUAGUUGGGAUUUUUCAACCAGCUUCUGUGAUAGAAAGCAAUAAUGAUAGAAGUGCGAUGUUACCCGAUAAUCUUGAAAUUAAUGUCCCUCUUUUGUUCUCAGACAGUAUUGUUAGAAAGGAAGGAGUGAAAGACCACACAGCACAACUGGACAAACCUGUUACACCUGAUACAGGACUUGUUUUGCCUUGUGUAGAUAAAGAUGGAGAAUUGAAAGCCCAUUCUUUGCAAUCAGACAAUCCUGUAUUACCUGAUUCAGAGCCUGCUUUGCAUAGUGGUGAUUCAAAUGACCUAGUUAUGCAACUGGACAAACCUGAAGAACCUUUUUCAAAACCUGUUUUGCAUGGUACAGAUAUAUGUGGUGAUUCAAAUGACCAAGUUAUGCAACUGGGCAGACCUGAAGAACCUGUUUCCAAACCUGUUUUGCAUGGUACAGAUAUAUGUGGUGAUUCAAAUGACCAAGUUAUGCAACUGGGCAAGGCUGAAGAACCUAUUACAGAACCUGUUUUGCAUAGUAUAGACAUUCAACUCGAUAAACCUGAAGAACUUGUUUCAAAACCCGUUUUGCAUAGUACAUAUGUAGGUGAUGAUUCAAAUGACCAAGUUAUGCAACUGGAAAAACCUGAAGAACCUGUUUCAAAACCAGUUAUGCAUAUCAACAAUAGAAAUGAACAGGCAAAUGGCAAAGUUAUACAACCAGAUAAACUUGUCACACCUACUGCAGAAUCGUUUUUGAACAUUAUCGAUCUAGAUGGGAAUACAGCUCAAAAUGAUGAAUCCCUUGCUUCAGAAACUGGCAUCACUAAUGGAAAGUCUCUUGUUUGCGAGGGAAGAUCCGAAGAAAGAGACUUGUCACGUGUUUGUGAUUUUAGUGAUCAUGAUAUCACUACAGGUAACCCCAACGAUGAAUCAGUUACUGCGGUAAGUUGUGACACUGGUGAAGACUCUAUUAUCUGCGAGAGAAAUCCUAAGGAAGGAGAUUUAUCACGGGAACUCGUCACAUUGAACCCAGAAAGACUCAACCCUCAAAAAGAGGUGGGAAAUUAUUGCGGACGUUUGGGAGAAUUGGACGCACGCGUUGAAUCUGAAGAAGAAGAAAAGACUACGCGUUUACAAGUAAGUACUGCACAAAACGAAGAUGAAAGCAGUUCGUUGGAAGGCGAAGACGUAAAGAAAACCAAAGAAAUAUGCCUAACUAUCGAGGAAAAUGAGAACAAUUGCAAUAACAAUAAAAUUGAAUAUCAGGGAGUGAGUGAAAAUAUUGGAAAUGUGAACCAGGAAGAACAAUGUUGUGACUUGGAAAAAGAAAAGGUUGAAGAGAGUAGUACAGGAGAACCAAGACAGAAAGAGAAGACUGACACUCGUCAGGAUAGUAGAUGUCAGCUGGAUGGGAAGAAUAAGGGUAUCGAAGGAAGAGAACCAAGACAGAAAGAGAAGACUGACACUCGUCAGGAUAGUAGAUGUCAGCUGGAUGGGAAGAAUAAGGGUAUCGAAGGAACAGAGAAGAAUACACAACAAAGUGAAGCGAGGGAGAGAGAGGGAGUAGCUGAAGGUGAAUAUGAAAAGAAAAAAGCAGAUGAAGACAAAGCCAUUGAAAGUGAGAAGGAAGAAGGAGAAAUAACAUCCAGUGAUGACGAAGAACCCGCUCAGAACGCAAGGCCUCAAGUGGACCAACACAGGCAUGGUGAAACCAACGACGAUCAGCCGAAGAAGUUAUCCGUGUGGGAUCGACUGGGUAUUAAAGGUCGGGCUAGGAAGGAGGAGACAGCAAGAAGAGGUGGUGGAAAAAGCUACGAAAAGAAAAGGGGAGAUGAAAAGAAGCAGGAGCUGCAAAGCAAUAAAAAUGACGAGAAGAAAAGCAAAGAUCAAAGGCGAAGUACGUCGGGAGCGGAUAAUAAACGGAAAGAGGAAGGCGGAAGGAACAAAGAAAAGAAAGAGAAAAGAGAUGUGAAAAGAGAAGAGCGUAACGAGAAGAAAAGCAAAGAUGACGAGAAGAAAAGCAAAGAUGACGAGAAGAAAACCAAAGAUGACGAGAAGAAAACCAAAGAUCAAAGGCGAAGUACGUCUGGAGCGGAUAAUAAACGGAAAGAGGAAGGUGGUUGGAAGACAGAAGGAAAAGAGAAGAGAGAUAUGAAAAAAGAAGAGCGCGGAGGAUCAGUUGGCAGCGAAAAAGAGAAGAGAAAGGACGAGGUUGCUGGGAUGAAAAGGAGAGAACGACGAGGUACUGGUUCUGGGGAGCGUAAUUCUGUUAGCAGUGAUUUACAAUCAAGGAUGGACAAAGAAAGGACAGACGAAAGGAAGAAAAGAGAACAAAGGGUUGAUAUUCGUGUGGUGAAGGAUGAAGCAGAGGUGCCUUCUCGUGGUGCUAACGGUAAUGAUAAGCAAUCAAGGAAAGAGAAGAAAGGAAAGAUGGAUGGGAAGACAAGUGAAAGGAGGUCGAGUGGUUGUGAAGAAAAGGAAGGUAGGCGGCCAUCGCGGGUUGCGGCAAGGAAUGAGGCAACGGCACAACGCUUGAAGAAGGACAAAGAGAAACGUAGUGGAGAAAGCGAAAAACGACCAAGUUCAUCAAGCACUGAAAUGAAAAAGAAUGAAGCGAAACAGAUGGGAGGCUCGAGUGAUGGCGAAAAAUAUGCAAGGAGAAACAAAGAGAAGAAUACUGAUGAGGUUAAGGGACGUAGUGCGAUAAAAACUGAGGCAAAGAAAGAAGAAAGGACUGUCCAACCACAGGGUGACCGUGACAGUGAAAGGAGGUCUAAAAAUAGCACACAUCAUGAAGUUCAAGCAAGGAGAGAGAGUGGCGAUAGAAAAGAAAAGAAAGCAGCAACAUCGACAAGAAAAUCAGAACCACAGGGUGACCAACUUAAACAAAGACGAUCUUCUGAUGCUAAACAAUUGGUCUUGAAAGAAGUGUCAUCCAAUCAUAAUAAGGCAAAAGAAAUAUCUAAAGGAGAGAAAAUCAUUGAGAUUUCAAAACCAGAAAAGGGAGUUUGUUUAACUGAACAGAAAAAACACAGGCAGCCCAAGGAAGUGUCUGAACGAAGCGAGCACAAGCCUGUAAAGUCAAAACAACAGGGAGCCCAACCAAGAGAACACUGUAAAAAAGAUCAAUUGUCCGAUAAAAGGAGGCACAAAGAUACCAAAGUGGAUGAGACACAGGAAACCCAGUCUAAAAAGUCCUCCGGUGAAGUGGUUCAAGGAUUACGAAAAGAGGAGUCAAGAAGAGGAGCGGAAGUGAUGAAACAGAUUGCAAUGAACAGACUGGAAACCAGUGAAUGGGAGACUAUCAAAAAAGGACUAAGCACUGGGGAAAGGUUGGCCGAGAAUAUGAAAUCCAAUGAAAAUACGAAAGCAAAAGAGAUGGACAUCAAACAAGUCAAGGUUGGUCUGUUACCAACUCCCGUUCUCGAGAUGAAGACAAGAACAACCAGGAAAAUGACAGGACAUGAAAAGCAUAGAAGAAACAUCCAUGGCACACGUAACAUCUCAAAUGAGUCGAUUAAAAUGAAGAAAAAUGAAAAGAAUGUUCAGAAAUCCUUAGGAAAUAGUAAAAAGAGAAAACUUUCAAUGGAAAAUAGGACCGUAGGAGAAGUGAAGCGACAAAAAAGGACAGAAAUAAUUGAGAAAAGCAGUUCUAAAUCCUUGAACGUGCUUGAACAAUUCAAAGAUACAAGAAAGAAAGUUAAGAGCGACUCUGAAGUGGGAGUAAAAACUACAAGUGGCUCGACCGAAAAUGACAGGUUGUCAAAGAAAGAUAUGGGAGGGGAGGGUAGAAAGGAAAUUUGCACUGUCCGCCGAAUCGAGGUUGGUAUGGGGAAAUACUUGGAAUUCAAACGAAGACAUGUGAAUCAGUUAUUUGUACGUGGUGAUAAUGUCGUUAUGAUAGCUUAUGCCACUUGAUGGCUUCAUCGUGAAAGACUGGGCGUGGCAUCCCAGAAUGCAUAGACCUUUUCCUAGUUUCCGCAAAAUGGUGCAUUAUGGUCUAGCUUCAGUACAAACAUGUUUCGUUGUCACUCCAUAUAUGGUGUUAUUUGUACUGAAGCUAGACCACAAUGCAUCACGAAAAGACCUAUUGUGAUGACGUCAUGACCACAAUGCAUCAUGAAAAGAUCUAUUGUGAUGACGUCAUGGAAACAACCACGUAGACUAUAAGCUAUUUUAUUAACAACUUACUAGAGUGSAAACAAUAUAUCCGUGAAACACUAAUUACUAAAUUGUUCAAAAAGGUGCUAGUAAGGACUUUAAGAUUUGCAAAAUCUGCAACGGCGAUGUCUACCGGAAAUGUAAAAAACUUCACUUUUGGGGUUUCGCGUAUUCAAAGUCUGUAUUCCCUGUGGAUGAGUUGACUUUACUGACAAUGUAUUGAAUGAAAUCUCCAAUGAACAGAACCCCAGAGAGAAAUUAUUUACACUUCCGGUUGACGUCGCCGUCGUAGAUUUUGCAAAUCUUAAAGUCCUUAGUUAAACAAAAGAAAACAAUAGAAUUAGCAUAAAGUAGCGUAAGUUAGUAUUAAUAUUUGACGGAUAUAUUGUUUGAACUCUAGUGAAGAGAGAAGGUAUUUAUCAAUAAAAAUUGUGACAUCCUAUGUAUUA